AUGGCCGUGAAGACAGGCGCGCAACUCAUCGCACGCACCCUGCGUGAUCUUGGGGUCACCGUUAUCUUCGGUAUCGUCGGCAUCCCUGUGGUCGAGAUCGCAGAAGAGGCAAUCAACCUCGGCAUUCGAUUUGUCGCCUUUCGAAAUGAGCAAGCCUGCAGCUAUGCAGCCAGUGUCUAUGGAUAUAUGACCGGGCGACCUGGAGUCUGUCUUGUCGUUGGGGGUCCUGGGAUCGGAAACUCCUCUGCGAACAACUUUCCACUGCUCGUGCUAGCCGGAUCAGCCGAGACUACGGCCGUCACCAAGGGCGCCUUUCAGGAAAUGGACGCCAUCUCGCUUUUGACGCCUCACACGAAGUUCGCCGUGCGUGCCUCGUCAUUCGACUUCGUCCCCGGGGCUGUUAAGAAUGCCUACCGGACGUGCUGGUAUGGCCGGCCUGGGCCAACUUUCGUCGACCUGCCUGCCGAUAUAAUUCAGGGGAAGCUGUCACCCCAAUUUUCGCUGCCACAGCUCGAGAGCUUGCAUAUCUCUUCACCACCCAAGGCGGGUGGGGAUCCAACAUUGAUAUUGAAGGCUACGCAACUAUUGAAGUCUGCUAGUGCGCCGCUAAUUAUCAUCGGCAAGGGUGCUGCAUAUGCGCGCGCGGAGUCAGGGAUUCGCAAACUAGUUGACCAGACACAGAUCCCAUUCCUACCUACUCCUAUGGGCAAGGGUGUAGUACCGGACUCACACCCACUGAAUGCGUCCAGUGCCCGGAGCGCUGCGCUAAAGAAUGCCGAUGUAGUCUUGCUUUUAGGCGCCCGAUUAAAUUGGAUUCUUCACUACGGCGAAGCACCCAAAUGGUCUCCGAAAGCGAAGAUAAUCCAGGUAGAUAUCUGUGCCGAGGAGAUCGGGAGAAACGCGGGGACAUCCGAACUUGGAAUUCUCGGGGAUAUAAGCUUGGCUGUAGAACAGCUCACGUCAUCGCUGUCAAACUGGAGAUACUCGCCCUCCAGCAAAUUUCCGUCGCAGCUCGCCGACUCGGCUAAGAAAAACGAAGACAAGGCUCAAAAGGCCGCUCUGAAACAGACACCGGCUGGCACACCCUUAACCUACCAACGAGCCUAUCAUAUCAUCAAAACGGCCCUUAAUUCUUUGACUCCGAGCGAGGAAGGGGGUAUCGUGUAUGUUUCCGAGGGUGCAAACACAAUGGACAUCUCCCGCUCCAUAUUUCCCUUAUAUCACCCGCGACAGCGUCUUGAUGCCGGCACAUAUGCCACCAUGGGCGUGGGAAUGGGCUACAUUGUCGCAGCCCACGAAGCCUUCAAUGCUUCCCCUGAAAGUAGCACUUCCAGGCCCAAGAAAAUCGUCGCCUUCGAAGGCGACAGUGCUUUUGGCUUUAGUGCUAUGGAGAUUGAAACCCUAGCGCGGUACCGAAUUCCAGCAUUGAUCUUCGUGGUCAACAAUUCGGGUAUAUACCAUGGCGAUAGCACGUCCGAGAAUGCCUGGAAAACACUCCAGGACCAGACAGUAUCGAAUGAUACCAAAUUUGACGCAAAGCCAAAGGGCUUGCGCUCGACUAGUCUUCUCUAUGAAACGAGGUACGAGAUGCUGGCUACGAUGUGCGGUGGUAAGGGUUACUUUGUGCGGAAUGAGGAGGAGCUUGAAAAAGCGACAAGGGAGGGGUUCUUGAGUGAUACUGUCACAGUGGUGAAUGUGAUUGUUGAGCCUGGAAUUGGGAAGGAAAUUGGUUUUGCGUGGCAGAACCAGAAGCCUAAGGAAGAGGGCAAGGCAAAGCUGUAG